AUGAAGUCUCGAUGGGUUGUCCACUCCUUCACAGGCAAGGAUGACGAGCUGCGCGCUUACCAUCUCGCGCAUGGGGCGGUGGAUGUAAUUGAGGAGCGGAUUGUCAUGACCUCGUCGCCGAACAGGCCAGCAGACUCUUACCUUGGCCUCCUCUUCUGCAUGGAAGACAUGGCGUUCUACGGCUUCCAAACGCCCACAAAGCUGCGCAUGGUGCUAAGUGUUGCUCUCGUCGAUGCUGCGGUUAAGGAUGGGGAUAUCGUUGCCAUCUUCCGCGCCGUGCACCAACUCCUGAUCCGUGCCGUGAACAACCCGUUCUUGAGUUUGCCGGAGAGCUUUGCGGCAAAGCCAGCGUCGUCUGAAACAUCAGACGGCGCGGAGAAGGCUGUGGAUGGCAAGGAGACUGAAGGGACGGUGCCAACACGGGAGAUGGACCGGCUGCGCCUCCGCAACGAACCUGUGCCAGACGACAGCAUGUUCCGGUACGGGCCAGAAGACAUCAAGGCCGACUGGCUGGUGAAGAGCAGUGUGUUUACGCGAGGGAUUGAGAAGCUGGGCUCGCUGUUGGCGGGUCCACGGUGA